AGCACGCAGUAGACUCCGCCCCCCCGGAAGUGGCGAUCCCUAUGGCGAGGUUCCCCAGGUACAUCGAGGUGUUUUGAAGACCGUCGGCAGCAUUUAAUCCAAUGUCCCCGUCACAAUGAAGCUCGCAGAACAAUGCCGCCCCAUAGACUGUCUGAUGUCAUCAGAUUUGCGGAGUCUUCUGGAGCAAUCAAACCAGCACUUCUUACAGAUCACCCAACAGCAAAGCGAUUUUGUUGAGUUUUUCUUCUGUCCAGAUGGAGAGAAGAUAAAAGUAGAUGGGAACUGCGUUCUUCACAUGCCACUCUACAGAGAUGAAGAUUCCCAGAAAAUGCUGCUCUUGGUGAACCCCAAGAAAAGAAACUCGGUUGUGGCGGUGUCUUUGAAUGGCAGGUGGUGGGGUGUAGAUGACAUCUUGCAGUCAUGUGUUCCCAUCCAGGAGGGUCUUCAUCAGGUCCAGACAUGUGGAGAAAGGAUUGUCCUCUUUGUGCUGAACUGCCUAGUGUGUGGCUUCAUGGAGGAUGGCGGCUCGGAGAAUGGAGUCUGCUUCCUUCCCCACUCUGCAGGGGAGCUGGCCAAGAUCCUUUGGCACCGCGGAGAGGCUGUGGCAUUUUACACGUACAAAAACAAAGGAAGUCUGUGUGAUCGGGGCAGUCAGUGUUACAUGUUACCCGUGCUGGACACAAUCUAUGUGCAGAAAAAAUGGCGGAAACGCGGUUUUGGAACGACUAUGCUACAAGACUUCUGUCAGAUGUUUGCCAAGGAAGUUGCUUUGGGUAUCAGCUUUCCCAUUUCUUCCGACAUGUAUCAUGUGUGUGGAAGAUUUCUUAUGGAUAAUCCUAAGGAACAGGAACGCCUGUGGGAAGUAAAUCCUCCUGGCGACUGGAGCCAAAGAUUGAAUAUAUGGUUACAAAUCCAGCUUGGAGAGACGCCUGUGAAGACGGAUCAUCCGGCGGAGGAAAUGCUGGAAGUCGCAGAAAAGGAAACUGCGAUGCUGGAGGAGCAGACGAUGCAUCUUACAGGCAAAGAAAGCUUGGUCUUCUCUGCUGAGGACAACAUUGACCGCUUGAUUCAACCGCUCUACCACCAGAGGAAAGAGCAGAACAAAGGGAAACGGGUGAAGAAGGGAGGGAAGGUGAGGAAGAGAAAACCUCUGGGAAAGACGGCGCACAGCAAGAAAGCAAGCGCAGAAAAAGAGUUUAAGAGUAACUUGGUUUGAGAGCAUUUUGAUUUGUGAGCAACUAUUUUUUUUAACCACUUAA